AAUCGUCUCACAUCCCCUACCAAGGCGGUUCUGAGAAACGUCUCAUCUAGAAUGGCUCUCCUUCUGUUGCUCUUCUCUCUUCCCUUUGCCUUCGGUUGUGAAUCGGUCGCCAGCACCGAGUGCGAGAAGCUUCCCUUCGUCCCAGGGCAUAAUCUAGUCGGCGAAGGCUUCAACAUCGUGCAGAUGAAGACCACCGGAGCGUUUGUGGUGGAUGUGCGCAACUACAUGAGCGGCGGCGAUCACGGCAACUGCACUGCCUGUGACAACAAGCUUCUCAACCAGAAGCAGAAGUUGCCCGUUUCUGUGAUCGACUGGCGCAUCAAGGUGCAGUGCCGCCGCAGCCUCGCCGCCAAAGUGUAUGAAUCGGCCAGCUCGGUAAUGGAGGACACCACCAGUGCUGCCAGUUUGAGCUGGAAGGUUGGGUUAAGUGUCCCGAUGGUGGCUGGUGUCGCUGUGGGUGGCACUCAUUCCAAAUCAGCUCGCUUCGCCAGGAGCCACGCGUCUAAAGACAAGUACUCCUACACAAGUCACACCUUCUCCUGCCGCUAUUAUUCAUUUCGUCUUCAUGCUCGUCCUCCACUAACCAAAGAAUUCGCUGGCUCCAUUAGUUCACUUCCUGCUAAAUUCGACAGUAAAUCAGAAAGUGCGUACAACCACUUCAUCUCAAUCUACGGUACCCACUUCUUGCGAAGUGUCGACCUGGGUGGCCGUGUGAAGUCCACAACUGCUCUGAAGACCUGCGAGGUUUCCAUGAAAGGUCUAUCGGCCAACGACGUGAGCAACUGCUUAUCGGCGGAGGCAUCUGGCGUAAUAAAGGGCGUGCAGGUGAGCGGGCAAGCAGCCUACUGCAAAUCCCAACAAAAGAAACUGGAAAGAGCCAACAGCUUCAGCGCCAGCUUUUCUGACCGAGUCACUGAAAUACUCGGCGGCAACGGUGAGCAGCAGGACAUCCUAUUCACUCCGAGCAACGUCAGUGGUUACGGCACAUGGCUCGGGUCACUUAAGAAAAUCCCUGGAGUGGUGUCCUACACUUUGAGCUCGUUGCAUAUGCUCGUGAGAAACGACUCCGCUAGAAGAAGCAGUCUACAACAAGCCAUCAGCAAAUACAUCACCAAAUACGCCAUAUCAACUGCAUGUCCUCGCAACUGCAAAGUGGGAAAGCGUGAACGCAAUUGCGCGUGCAAAUGCAACGGGCAUGUAAAUGUCAAUAGCAACUGCUGCCCGAACAAUCCAGGAGUCGCUACAUUGACCGUCAACGUGGUGAGUGCUGCAGGAUUAUGGGGAGACAUCUUCUCUAAAACAGACGGUUAUGUUAAAGUCUUCUACGGCGGCCACACGGCGCAGACCCCUGUGAUCUGGAACAACAACUUUCCUCAGUGGAACUUUCGUGCAGAGUUCGGCACUGUGGAUCUGACUAAAAGAGCGAGCUUGCAAUUUCAGGUGUGGGAUCGUGACAACGGGUUUGAUGAUGACCUACUGGGAAAAGGUGCUGUUGUCCCAGAAAAAGGCAACAAUGUGCAGAAGCGGUUUGGGUUCAAGCAUGGCUCUCUCUUGAUCUCCUACAGUGCAACAUGCGGCCCAAGUCUUCAAGGGUCUUUCUGUGAAAAGUACGCUCCUACGCCGGGUGGUGAUGGUGUUCUUAACUAUUACAAUCCCUCUGGCACUGAGAAGCCCAUUGUCUUUAAAGCAUCCAAGGAUUCUAGAAGAGAUAUGUCCUUCCUUUAAUAAUUAAAUGGUUAUACACUACCUGACAAAAGUCUUGUCGCCUAUCCAAGUUUUAGGAACAAAAAUUAAUAACUUGACUUCUAGUUGAUCAUUUGGUAUCAGAAGUGGCUUAUAGGAAAGGCAAAGCUCUCUAGAUUAUGCUUAAUUUACCUAAACAAAAUAUGAUUAUGCCUUGAUUUUUAAUGAUUUAAUUAGGACAGUAAGGUCUGACUUUGCUUAGACAAAAGUCUUGUCACUUAACACUAACAAUGUACAGUGUAGAAUAUAAAGUCAUGGUGCAGUGGAAAAUGAGUUAAUAUUGUGUGUGACUCCCAUGAGCUUGGAGGUCUGCAUCCAUACAUCUCUGCAAUGACUCAAUUAACUUAAUAAUGAAGUCAUCUGAAAUGGCAAAGAAAGCGUUCUUGCAGGACUCCCAGAGUUCAUCAAGAUUCUUUGGAUUCAUCUUCAAUGCCUCCUCCAUCUUACCCCAGACAUGCUCAAUAAUGUUCAUGUCAGGUGACUGGGCUGGCCAAUCCUAGAGCACCUUGACCUUCAUUGGUUCCUUUCAGAAUCUUUGAUAUGGUGGUUUGUAAUGUAAUGGGCAGCACAAAUGUCUUGAUACCUCAGACUGUUGAUGUUGCCAUCCACUCUGCAGAUCCCACCAUAAUAAAUGUAACCACAAACCAUGUUUUUCCUUCACAAAACCAAAGAAUCUGAAGUCCAUGCAGGUUCCAGUAGGUCUUCUGCAGUAUUUGUGAUGAUUGGGAUACAGCUCAACAGAAGAUUCAUCAGAAAAAUCUACCUUCUGCCACUUUUCCAAAUAAUCAACUAGAAGUCAAGUUAUUUUUUGUUGCUCUUACAACAGGGAUCGACGACAAGACUUUUGUCAGGUAGUGUACAGUAUAAAGCUAAUGUAAAAUACUGAUAAUAGGCUUUUUUCUUCUUCAACUUUAUAGAAUUUUCCAAAAAUGUACAAAUAUCACUCAUUUUAGAAUAUUAUAGUAAACUUUUACAUAUAGAGAGAUGAAAGUAAACAAGGAUCCAAAAAGAUUGUGACAAUUAUUGACCCAAAAUAUAUUGAUAUACAUUUUUUAAAAAUUAAAUAAAACAAACUGA